CUCUAGCAUGUGAAGAAUUCACUUCCGCAGUGAGGCCUGUUGCAAAUUGACAAAUCACCGUUGAAAAUUUUUUGUGCGUGUGUGCGUUAAUUUUUGUAGUCACUCAUCGUAAACAGGUUGAGGAGAGAAAAGUAGACGCCAAUCGAUUCUUCGCCACAACUGCUAUUUUGUAGAACUCCAUUCCAGCAUAUAAUCCGUAAGGACUUUCAGCCGUCUUGCGCAGGAAGAUAAUGGCCAACUUUGGGAAUAGGUAAGUAGUGCUUGUCAACAUUUUUAUUGAAUUAUUAUGUCGCAGUAAGUUCUCAUUUGCGGCUAGCGUGAUUUCUUGAACUUAGGAGAGAUUGUUAUUUGUGCGAAACAUCUCAGAUUACAUGGGUUUCCCAUCUGGAGUUGAUUCGACUAAGCUCUGUUCUCUUAUCGAACAGUAGACUCGAGGUGAUGAAUUGCGGAAAACUUUAUGCAAAUGCAUUUUCACCGAGAUUGACGUUGAAGUGAGUUACAGCAUAAGAAAGAAAACUUUGCUGAGGUCUUAAUUUCAUUCAAAAUUAAUUCACUUAAAGAAAUCCUGGCCUUAGUUCUGAGUGCGUCUUUUCUUUUGGUCCUGAUUUGGCGAAGGCAGUUUUAAAGCAUGUUUGUGCAAGAUUUCCGUUUAGCCCGUCACUCGUCUAUGCACAUUUUUCUUUGUUAAGAAACGAGAAACAAUAACGACUCAGUCGAUUUCCUCUCGGAAUGCGGCUCUGUUUGCGGUUUUUGAUCCGUUUCUUUUAUUCACAGGCACGUUACUUCAAAAAUGCAUCGCUUGUUAUCUGACCGCUUUCUUUGUAGAAAAGAACCCGAUUUAGCGAGUUUUCCAUUUUUAAAGCUUCGGCUUAUGUCGUUAGGUGAGGUAUUUUUUAUUGAGAAUUUGACUUAUUUUUGGCCAUGACUCUUUUGUCUGUUUCUCGUUCUUAAAGCGUCGUGAAGCAUGAAGCUUAUAUCAUUAAUGCAUUUCAAGUAAACAACAUAUCAUUCCCGAAUGUACUUAAACAUUAUAAUGUCAUUUUGUGAUUUACAGUCGAAGCUGCAUUAAGCGCUGCCGUAUUAUGCGGUCAUCCCGUAUUAAGCGGUCAGUUGUCCCGAAUUUGUUUACCCAUAAACAGUAACUUUUAAUCCCAAAAUCAAAGAAGUGAGAUCAAAGUUGUACAAUUAAAGAGCGAGAUUCUGUGUAUUAAGUGGUCAAUUAUGGCAUAAAGUGGCGUUGUUUAUCGAUCUUUAUAAUAAACCUAAUCCGUGGAACCUAUAUCAAGCGGUCACCUCGCCAUUCCCCGUGUUGUUGUUCUGUAAAGCCUGGUUUUCACUUGCGACGCGAGCAUAAGCGCAAGCGCAAAUGAAGCAUAACUACUCUUAUUUCACCGUGAAAACGGCCUUGGUGCACACAUUAAGACAAGCGCUUGCAUAGGCGCAAGAAUCAGAAUUUUUCCCUUUUCUUGAACUAGUGCUUGUGCUUGUCGACGUUCGUUUUCACUUUGUAAAUUUAACUUAUGCGUGCGUUUGUGCUCACGCUUGUGCUUGCUUCGCUAAUGAAAACCAAGCUUUACGCCAUUGGUAACCGGAAUACCUGAUUACUGAUUCCACGGGGUAAAUUGUGCUUUAGAUCUAAUGCACUAGAGGAAGUAGAGCUGUCAAUAACUUCUAAAGAAGUACUGGUAGCAAUUGACGAGGAGCCUGUGCCCACCGCGGUUGCAGUUGAUGAGGAUCAGGUCGAGGAGGAAAUUUCAGCUGGUUUUGGUAUGUAUGAUCACAGAGAGUCCUCUAGGGAUUCAUAAUAGCGUGCCUUAAUUCAUUAUUGAUCUACCUGUUAAAAAAUUUUGUGGAUACAGUCAGUUUGGUUUGUCUUGAAUGCCACAGAUAUUAACUAAACGAUUGGGUUGGGCUGGUGAGGAGGAUAAUCACCACAAAAAAAAAGGCUCCAGAAGUUUACUCGGUAUGCAACUGACUCCCUUAUAAAGCUUAAGUUAACGCCAUUUUCAGCGGAUCUGCACUGGGCUUGGUUUUUGUGGUCAAUGCACGCAUUUUGGCUUCUUAUUGUCAAUGUGUUGGACUAAGGACUAGAAAAAGCCUUGCACACCGUUUUUUUUUUGUGACUGGAAAAAAAAAUUGAAUUAUAUCAUAUCAUGUCUUCACGAUACUCGUUUUCUAUGCCUUGCGUUUCCAACUGGUUGAAUUAGAUUCUUUGUUUGAGUCAAAGCUCACCGGGAAAGUAAUUUGCCAUCUCUUCGUCAAGGAGUACGGUGACCAAUGAUUUCAUUCUCAUUUUUAUUUCCGUAGAGGAAAAGCUCAUUUCUACAAGCAACAACUGCACAGAAUUAUGUGAUGAACUCAAUUAACUCGGCGGCUGUUAGUGGCUGUUGCCGACGAUCUCGCAUAGUUUAUCUCAAAUAACUUGUUUUGCCUCCACUUCGGCAAAUAUAGUGCACAGUUUGACAACUGUUGCAAUUCUUUUUCAGAAUAAGUUUAUUAGUAGCGAUGUGGACAGCGUCUGUGUCUGUUCUCUGAUAGAUGAUAAGAAAACUAAUCAAAAUGUGUGAACGACCAAGCGUAUUCCUACUUAUAGAUAAACAAUGGCGUCUAAAUUUGGUUAAAAAACGAAAAAAUAAACAUCAGCGACAUACUCAUGCGUCUUUACCUCAUGUGUUGCCUUUUUUUCGUUCUACCACAUUUUGACAUCACUUAUGAUGUACCUUUGUCUGAAAAAACACAUAGCAAAAUUUGUUAUAAAUUUCCUUUCUAUCAUCUAUCUGUAGAACCAGAGGACGAGCAUGGGGGUAUUGAUGCUUCUACUCAACAACUGCAACGUGAAGGUAAGUGGAAGAGGGCAUCAAGAAAGACAUAAACACAAGACGAAAAUAAACAGACUCUUAAAACAAUAGUGUAAUUGUGUUACAAAGUCAACGUGCAUUCAUUUCGUCUAUUCAAAGUCUUUUCCUUCCCCGAAGACUGUUCAUCACAUGAGAAACGAGGGCCACAUUGAGAGGGUGGUGGAAUUCAAACUUACUUCUUUUUCGGUGGUUGUUUAAUUGAAAAAUGUCCAUACUUGUGAAUCGGCAUUCUUGCGUGUGUCUGAUUGUUUUAUAGAAACAGAGGAGGAUCUGGAUAAUGCUCUUCGUAAGGGUGAUUUCGAUGCGAUUAAUCAAACGUUGACUCCAAAAACCCUGGCAAGGUGUAAAACUAAUUCCUUACUCAAAUCUCUUCAGGUUGGUCUUGUAAUUUUAUAUUUACCAAUUUUACCGAUAUACUUUACUUUAGGCUGUUUCGCCAGACUAGGUGAAAAAUGUAAUCCUUAUUCACUGUGGUUUUGUUUCACCACUCCACAUGAUUAGCUCGUCAGACGCAUACCACUCUCUCAACUGAUUAGCGUCAAAACUAUAACCAGUCGUAACUUCUUCACUGUCCGAGAGUGUCCUUGUAUCUUUAUCACCCUUAAAGGAUCACUGGCUUGCAGUUAUAUCUUGUUUUUGUUCUUACUGGUCAUCGAGGUCUCUGUGUGCUAAUUUACGACAGAAAAUUUAAAAAACUCUCUUACCAUGUGCAACAAUUGGAGGCUAACAAGAGAUCAGAAACAAUAUCAUUGAUUUUUACAAGCCAUUUGAUAAAGAAGAUAACUUCAUUUCUUUUUAAACUUAGGUAAACAAAGCACUGCGAGAUUUAAUACAUGGUGCGAACCCGGAGAAAGACGAUAUAGAACAGCUAGAAAAAUCUAUAGGCGAGUUCGCAGCAGCCUUGAUAGAUCCUCUUAAAGCCGACGACGAUACCAGAAAUACAUUUCAAAGUUGUUUUGAUGAUGUGGUGGACAAGGCAAUUGACACAAAGCAGAAGAAGGUACUACAUAAGUGAUAAAAAAGGUUUCUAAUGAAUAGUUUCUGAUAUCCUUCAGCCCUAAAGUCGAUUUUAGUGGGAAUGCUGUCGCCCAUCUGAUCACAUAGGUGCCCUUACCUUUACAUGCAGUGUAAGUAAGGAAAGAAGAAAGACACUUAACAUUAUUAUAUGCCUAGACUUUCAGUCAACAAAACGAGCACGAGGAUCGAUUCUAUAUUCGUUUCUUCAACCGCAGCGCGCACAUAUGAUCUUUGUAUGUUUACAGCCAUUAUUCACCACUUCGAAGGUUUAUUUGGAUCCAACAUAAUAACCAGCUCUCAGUUGGCUUGUUAGGUAGAGCGCUGCACCAGUAUCGCAGAGGUCAUGGGUUCAAAUCCCGUACGGGCCUGAAUUUUUUUUUCAGUCUUUAUUUCAACUACUAGUUCAGUGGUGUUCAUAACCGCGAGGAUCGAUUCUAUAUUCGAGCACUGUGAUUGGUUGAUUCUUGGUCACGAGCCCUUGAUUAAAUUCAAAUGUAUCCCGACCGGGAUACAAUUGCGCAGUUGUUGCUCGCGCGCCGAAUACAACAGCAUGUUUUUGCCACAUGAUUGUUUAAAGGAAAGUCUAAAUAUGUAACAAAGCACUUAAUAUAUGGUCCCUCGGGAAACUAGUUAGUUUUGUUUUCCCUCGAGUCCUGAUGUUUCCCGAGACUUCAAAACUAACUGUUUCCCGAGGGACUUUACAUUAAGUGAAUAAUGCUCCCACCAAACACCACCACUGAAGCUUCCUCGCCGGUGUGAUAUUACGAAGGGGAAAAGAUACUUUUAAGAUUUAUGCAUACAAUAUUACGAUAUACUUGGUGCCAAUCAAAUGUACAGGACGUCAUUUUUAUGUCUCUCUACUUUAUGUUCAAAGAGGCAAUUAAUCAAUUUCCAGUGAAAGAAACUAUAUUCUAGUGAAUCUACUGAAUGAUGUGAGGCCAAACUGAAUGAUUUAAAGACACUGAACACACCCACAGCUCGACGCCAUCGCCAAUCCAGCCAAAAGUUAUUUUCUACCUUAAAUUGUCUUAAUUUUUCUUCUAAAAAAUCUUUCACAUCCUUGCUUUAGCAGUUCUCUUCUGUUGUAGGUCACAGAUGACGUAAAAAUGUGGUAAGAACAAAAUGGUGGCACAUGAUGCGUGGUCGGGUGUGUCACUGAUAUGUCGCUAGAAUUGUUUUGAAUUUAAUGAAGCCAAACUUUGUUCAUGCUUGAACUUUGUUCGUCCCCUCUGAGAUUCUCCUCUGAUAAGUAAUAAGCAUGAACCAAUUCAAAUUCAACUUAUUGUGUAAAACAAUUUAUCCACGAAUUUUUUCGCAGUUCAUCUUUCACCCAGUGGUGUAUAACUUGCUUAACUCCAGAUGGUACCGCUCCUUUUUUCACGUAAGAAAAGAAUCAUGGCGGACACCUAAACGCUGGGGAUACUUUUUUCUCAACCUCUGGACAGUGUUUGACAUCUUCUUUUUUCCCUUUCUCUUUGCCAUUUUCUUCGUCGUGCAUUUGGUAAAACGGGCCUUGAGUAGGAAAAGAGGUUUGUAAUAUCGUUUUGUUAGCAUUCGUUAAAGUAGUUGACAUGGUACAGUAGAUGGUAACGCGUUUUUAGUAAGCUCUCAGGUAUUCCAAAGGUUUGGGCCUGGAGGGGGUGAGGGGUGGGGCGCAGAAGGUGAUGGCUUUUCUGUAGUUUAUUUCUAACUCUAACAAACUGAGUCCUCUCAAUUGAAAAAAUGCAGAAAUCCUUUGUAAGGCUAUGCGCGAAGCGCGGGUCACGCAUUUUUCUUCCCUGGCACGUGAAACGCGCACCAUGCUUGCCUCGUGCUUGCAAAAAAACUAAGCCUGUUUUGCAGGCUACAUCGUUCAAGGAGCGUUUACAGGCCUGGUAUUUGUUCCCGCCUGAUCAUAAUAGUCUUAAGAAUGGUUGAGAUUGCUAAGUCUUGAGAUUAGAUACAAGCAGCUACUGGAGAGUUGUUGUGGUGCAUGGUACCAGUUGUUGCAUAUUUCCUUUAUCGAUCAGUGGUUUAAUCCGCUUUCCUUGAUCAUUUUUCAGAAACUGAAAUAUGUUUUGUUUUGACGCUGGGCAAAGAUACCUCAGAAGAAGAAUUUAAUCUGGUUAAAGGGACGAUAAACUACAUUGUUCGUGAAUAUGGCUGCCACUCUGCCAAAUACUGUGUUGUUUUACAUAAAGACCACGAAAGAAUCGGUAACAUCAACUUUAAAGAGAGGUGCACUACUGAGGCUGCACUUCGAGUGAGGAUUAACGCGUUAGAGCUGCCAAGCUCUGCCAGUUCACUCGUUGAAGAUCUUGUGGCCACCCAAAGUGUUUUCAUGGACCAAACACUUGGGAAGGAGGCCAAAAAGGUGAGGUAUACGUGCGCGCAACCGUUUUCCGGAGCGCUGUCAAGUUUUGCCUCUUAACUUGUUUCCAUGGGCUCAUUUUGCAGUCAUGGGCUGGUUAUCAGACCUUGGUAAGUUAUUCCUACCAAUUCAUAUUCAAUCUUGAUUUAAUUUGACGACCACACGCUACAGUUGAUUUAUGUUUAAAUCAUAAAUACAAAUCAUGUUUUAGUUAGUGUCAUGGCUCAUGGGCCGGCCUCUUGCAUUUGCCCUCUUGCUGAAGAACUCAGGCUUUCCCCUCUCGCUUCAAGCUUUUAAACUCGCUGUUACGCCGAAUAAUCAAGCUUUCAUUCUCUUUCUCUGUCAGAUAUCAGCAAGAGAAAAACAUGUCCCACUAUUUUCCUUAGGUUUCAGUAAAUAGCAAUAACCUUUACAAGAUUGCUAUUGGCUCGUAAUCUUACCGUCUUUCUUGAGAACUAUUGUGUAAAACUCCUCGGAAAUUUUGUUCAGGACCUCUGGUACGUCUCUUUUGAGAAAUUUGUCUUUUAAGUCCCAAAACUUCCAGACUUUUAGCCGGAUGUUUGUGCUUUUUGAGGUAUCUUUGUUGUGAGUAUUCUCCUGUAAACUCUGAACUAAAACGUGGUUACUUUCCAAUAACCUGUCCGCCAUUUUGUUCUGCUGUGCUUUCGCGACUUUCUUGACAAUCGAUUUAAUUUCAACUUUCUGCAAUCCAUUUCACUUUUUGCAUUCAGUUUCAACUCUCUGCACAGUUUGGGUUAAUUGACGCCUUCUCAGCCAAUGAGCAUGCUGAAAUUUUUGCAUUACAUGUACAUAACAGCUACAGUUAUUAGUUGUGUGAACAGAUUAAUUAAACGGCGAAAUAAACAAAACCAUCACUAACUUAUGCAAUAGUUCCAGUAGUUAAGAUACUUACAAGCACAUCAGCAAUAUUCACUGUCGAAUCCAAUCAUUGUCGUUGAAAGUGUUUGUUUUUUCACUGAAAAAAAUUCAAGCAUCUCUUUCAUAAGAAGGCUGGUGUAGUUUCAAGAUUGGUAAGUUUGGGCUCAUAUUUGAUAAAACUUGUAAAUUUGGUUUUGAGAACCAAAGGGAUAAAUAUCACCUUUUUUUAAUUUUAUGUUUACAUUAGGUGGUCGUGCUCUUUCUUAAUUACUCGUUACACAAGGUUAUGGCUGACACCGAAAGACCACCGCCCUUAGUAGAGGAGAUACAGGGUAUGCAAGUUAACAUCUUUCCCGUCGGAAUCGGGGAGAACGCCAAAUUAUCAGAGUUAAAUAAGAUGGCAAGUAAAGGUAGCACAGCACGCCACUUUGGAGAAUACGAGUCACCCGAGACGUUGGGGACAGCUGUCAUACAAGGUAACCUGGGGAGGUUUAAAGUUAUGAUUUUAAAAAACCCUUCUUAGAACGAUUAUUCUCCCAUUUGGUUUGGGAAAAAAUAAGAAAGUAUUGCAUGCAGUUGUUACAGUUCGAAUUGAGGAAGGUUUUAAACGGUGCUAUAUUCAAAAAAGCUUUAACUUUUCUCCCCACUGCUCGGAGGUGUAAUUAGCUUUAUAAUUGAUAUGUUUUACUUUCUUACAGGUAUCGAGGGAAAGAACAUCUAUGGUGAGGACGGGCUAUUUUUGGUAGCUAGAUUUCCAAAGACCGUUAAACUUUUUUUUUCUGAUGAUUUUUGCUAAAACGUCAGUGCUUUCAGAGUUUUCUUUUGAUGGUCUCCAUUCUAUGCUAGCGUCUCAAUCAUUGUCCUACCGAGUGUAACUAUGAUUACUAUGAUGUCUUCCAGAGAAAUACAAGGAUUACUUUACGACUCCUUAUUUCAUCUUUUUCCGCGACACGCUGAGCUAUCUCACCCUCCUUGGUCUUCACUUCGCCAUUUGCCUGUUCCCUUCAUCUGUUGCCUUCAGUCAACUAGAAUGGGCCAUUUUAGUUUUCUUCUUGGGACGCGUUGUGAUGGAGGUGGAUCAGUUUAUUAGUGCUAAGGAGGCUGGAAUGAAAGCACAAAAGCUGUGGAGGAGGAAUAGGGGUGGCUCCAGCUACCAAGUACGUUCACAUGAGGGUCACCAAGAGACAAAUGAGGCAGAAGAAGACAAUAUCCUGCGAAAGAAGCUUAGUAAUUAUUUCAGGUAUUUUAGAUUUUUUUUGUCCGUUUUCUAGUGACAAUAGUAGAUUCUCAUUCAUAUGGGAGUAUGAUCAGCUAGGAAGGAUGGGGAAAAAGAGUUUACAGCUUGAAGAAGGUAACAAAAUGAGCCACUGUUCUCAGCUUAGGUGCACUGGUCAUUUUUUGAGGGCUACACCAUCAAUCAUGAGGUGACAUUGUUCACUGCCUUUGUUCAUCGAUAGAAACCGGUGUUUAUUGUUUUAGUACAUCAGUAGUUAGCUCGUACCCAUUGUAACAACAAAUAGUGGUACAUGCAAGAACUGAUUAUCUUGCUUCAUAAUUGUGCAAGGUCUAGCUGUUCACGGAUUACAUUAAAUGUAUAAUGGUCUUCUAGUACUGAUAUCUACUACUUUUUUAGUGACCGUUGGAAUGUGCUUGACUUCAUCAUUCUUGUUUUCUACCUGAUUACCUUCAUACUACGCAUAAUUACAUUGAGGAACUCCACGGACGUGUCAGACAACAGAAUCUUGGCUGUGUCAGAGUAUUUCUAUGGAUUUAUUGCCAUGUUUCUCACGCUGAGAGCCUUUGGUCAAGUCAUAGAGGGCGUGCGGGGAGUGGGUGCAAUACAAAUCGCUUUGUUCUUUGUUAUCUGGGAUGUAAUGGCGAUAUUUUGGCAGUUUUUGGCAAUUAUUCUGGCAUUUUCUCUGGCUAUGACCAAGAUAUAUGUUGCUGAGAAGGCCUCUACCUUAGGAAAAGAUUCCGCGGAGGAUUUGUGAGUACAUGUUGCGAUUUUUCUCAAUCAUCGAAACCGUGAACGACAGAUUCUAAAUUGUUGGUCUCUUCAUUUGUUACUCUUUUUAGUGAUGGGGUGGAAGAGCUUUCCUUUAACGUUAUGGAGGGAAACCUCAUGUCUGUCUAGGCACCCACUGUAGGAAACAGUGGGCCAUGGGAAGCCUAACAGGAGAGUAAAACUACUCAGAUCAGAAUAUGAAACGUUGCAUGAAAGACCAAUUUUUUACAGUCUUUAUGAAUAUUCACGCAGGAAAUUUCAGAAACAGGCCUCAAUAAAUAAGUCAGUGCGUAGCGCAACCACUACACAAAAGGUUUAAGAUCAAAUUAUGAUAGCCUGUAACCCAUUAAUUAUAAUCAUCGCUGGGUCAGUCGAAGUCAUAAAUUGUGAGGUCAGUGAGUUGCUAUACACUGACUUUUGGUGCUUCUGGAAGUACAAAAAUUUAUGGGUCCAGGAAUUUUAGUUAACAAUUUCACUGGAGCAACACAACGGUGUAAAAUAAAAUUCGGAGGGAGGAGGAAUGGUGGUGAUGUAACUUUGACAAUUCAUGUUGGUUAAACCGUAAACUGUGGCAACGGUUUCCCUUAACCAUUCAUUUUCUUCUAUCAUUUUUAGGGCAUGCAGUGAUUCCGGGCUAAUUUGGUAAGAGUAAAACUGUUGCGUUUUUUUUUUCUACUCUAAUUUUAACUUUGUACUCUGAUGUCUGAAAUAUACCAGGUUACACGAAAUUUUUGCUAUACUUGAAUUAUUUAAAAAACUUUCAAGCGUGAAAUUCUAUACCUGAGGCGUCGGAAAAGUGAAUUAAGGUCUCCCGAGAGAAAAAAAGGGGGAAAAAACCAUACUGAUGUGUUAAAAUAAGUACUGUUGUUCAACCACGAGCUUUACCAGCUUCAUCAUAAAAAUUUACAGGGAAGACGCUCUUUCCUUUCAUGGCAGCAGAUUUACUAGAACAAUAAGCAGAGCUGCGAGUGAAGAAACCCUCUUUGCUCCCCAUCCCUCUCGCGGCUUCCCUUCCAGUUAAUUAACGCUACUUCGCCAACUAAUUAUAAACCUGUUGAAAGGCCAGCCCAGCUAUUAGUUUACCUUCUUAAGAGGUACCUUACGGUUUCUCCUUCUGGAAAAAUCCAGACUUUAACGUUGCUAUUUCUUUUGACUAGUGAUAUCCCUCAGGUUUAAGGUUAUCUUGUAAUAUUUUAGAUACCAACACGUAAAUGUGUUGAUGUUUGACUUAAUGGAGCUGACCAGGAAUCUUGAGAACAAAUUUUGUAAUCGAUGAUCCAUGUAUGAGCAGUGACAUGAUGGUCUCUAGGACACAGACGUUUAAAAACAUUUAUUGCGGUCAUGACGAUCUCAAUUUAAAAAAUUGAGUGGUUUUUGCUCUAACUCGUUGCUUAUGUUCUUCAGUUGGUGGAACAUGGCGACACACCUUGGUUGGUCUUUACUGGGUUUAGCUGACCUGGAUAGGUUGAAUUCCGUCGACAAUCCUUCCGUUUCCCUUGUUCAUGUACUGUACAGCUUGUUUUUAAUCCUGGCAGUUGUUCUUCUCGUGAACAUGAUGAUUGCGUUGCUCUCCAACACCUAUCAGCAGGUUCAGGUACUAAACAGUCUCUCAGCCUUCGCUGAUGGAUAGUAAUUCUGUUCAUAAUCCAGAGUUAAGAAAAUAUGAGAAGUUCUCGACUGUAAACUUGGUGGAACUUUUUUUGGCGUAAGAUAUAAAAUAUAUUUUCUGCAAAGUUCAAAAGAUUCUAUGAUUAUCUGUAAUUGUACUUUUGGCCGACUGACGCUUUAGACGAAAAUGAUGGUGAAUAUUGUCCCGUGGGUAUGAUAUAUCAAAAAUAUUCUUCCGCUGAAGGAGUGUCGCCUGUUGUCUUUAUUAACUGGUACUUCCUUAGAAGCUGUUAAGUCCCUCUCAUUCCUAUAUUAUCAGGAUAAUUCACUGCAAGAGUGGUCUUUCAAGAGAGCCAUUACUGUAAGGACUUACAGCACCUAUCACCCGAUACCAGUGCCCUUCAACCUUUUGUCUGUCCCCCUGAUAAUACUCUGGAACCUAUGUUGGCGCGACACUCCUGCUUCGCGCGAGGGCGGACGGGUAAGCUGCGGCCUUGCCAAUUAAUUCUGUGAGUUUUACCAAGCUGCUGUUCUUUAAAGUUAUCGUUCACGUCUGCUCAGUGAUUUUACUUCACUUUCGAUGUGGCCCUCUUUGAUUCGACAGAGAGUAGCUCUGAAUAAAGUGGUGAAGAAACUAGAAAGGAUGUACUUCGGGAAAUACGGUUAUGAAUUUCCCCUCACAGGUGAGUGAUGUGCUAGAUUGGUAGAUAGCCCCAGAAAUCUAUGAUAUGGUCAUGAAAAAGAAUAUGGCGCAAAGAGAUGUUUUUCUACUAAACCUUGCUUUGCUAUGAUCAAAGCAAUAGUUCUAAAGAAGUUUAUACCAUGACGGACAAGAAAUAAAAAAAUCACAAAUGAAGAAUUCCAGUAAUGAUAAUCUAUUUAUAACGAGGCGUAUCGUAAUGAUUUUGCUGACUAGAUUCAGAAGAGGCCAAUUUAAUAUUUGGUUCCUCGCUUUGUUUUAGAAGGGAAAAAGAUAGAUCACUUGGUGCAAGAAAAUGAGGGAGGACGAAAAUUGGCCAAUCAGAUAGUUCGGCAAGUAUUCCGACCGCGUGGAAACAAGGAGGAAAAACUUGCGUCUGGCCACAGAGUGAGUGUUUUUGAGGUUCACAUUCACAUGUUAAUUAAACAGGAAGUUUCCCUACCAUAUACUAUGGAUCUUGCUCCAUCAGGAUACACCUUUUUAACCAUUUUAAUUUGCAUUUUAACCUUUUCCCUCGCACAAAAAUUUAAAUGUACGAUUGAGAAAAUCUUUCAAGAAACGUUCUGCUGUAGUUUCCUUGUUCCCUUGAAAAAAACCGAGCUUGUUUUGUAGUGACAUAGAAAAGCUGAUCUCAAAUGCUUCUCCGGGAAGUACAAAAAAAUCAACAAAAUUUGCUCUCGACGCGCGAUACGAAAAUUAAUGGGAGGGUUAUAGCUUGAAUAAAACCCCUUCUAGCUUGCUGGUAUGUCGGCUGACAAUGUCCCUGGUUGAGAGAUUGUCUUUAAGUUUUCAAAUUUCUCCUUGAAGCUUUGGUUCUUGGCCAAAUAUUCAUUUUUGGACAAUGUCUCAGCCGCAGACAUUUUCAGGUGACAUACCAGCCGCCUGAAGGGGUCCAUCGUGUUACUGAAGUUUUGUUUGAUUGUCAUUUUAAGGCGUGGUAUGAUUCGCCGGGAAUUGCUGUCGAUGGCUGUCUCCUAACUUACAUGGGACCUAAUUUCUGCAACAUAUGCAAAAGUGGAAAUCGUAAGAACAUUCACAGUGCCAAGUUCAAGUCUCCCUUUACACCAGAGACACCAAGAUUCGAGGUGUGCUUUUGAUUUAUAGAAAAUUAUUUGCAAACAAAAAAUUUAAUUCAUAUACUUCCUGCUUCAUGAUAGAUUCUCUAAAGAUGCAACAUAAUUACAUCGCCUUUUUACCCUCUUCUCUUAAAUAACCUCCCUCUUGUUGGCGCUGGUAUUCUUUUCUAAUUUGUAGCACUACAGAUACUAAUGUUUUUCAGAAUGAACUUAACGGUGCCUCCAUGAUAGAAAGACCAGACCGGUUCCUGAAAAACAUCUUUAUGUUCCUCUUGUGGUAUCCUAUUUUCGCCUUUGCUUUCAUGGUAACGUGUCAACAUGGAUCUCGUUUGGGCACCUAACCCUGUAACACCUAAGAGUGACUAUGAUGUAAUUUUUCCUCACAUUAUCAUCCCUGAGUCGAAUAUUGGGUCACAUGGAUAAAGUAAAUGACCACCAACCGAAAAAGCUCUUCAUUGUUUAAAUAAUUCUUCCUUAUCAGCACAAUUGUAUAGAGAACAGCAUGGAGAAUGUUCAUAAUGAUGUUAGGGUAUGAAAGGUUAAAUUUAUCUCCUUGCUCCACUUCUUUGAGGUGCAUUUCAGGGUCAAGUUAUAAGGCCUUAGAUGGCCACCUUUGAAUAGCGUGAUGGUGCCUUCGUUCAGCCGAAAUUCCUUUUUGGAUUAAUCGUUUAUAUUUAUAUUAUUAUUGUCGUUAUUAUUAUUGCUUUGUAAUCAUCAUCAUUAUUGCAGUUGUUAUUAUGGCUGCUUUUGUUGUUUAUAUGAUCAUUAUUUCGGAUGUUGGUUGUUUAUAUUAUCACUAACAUCGUCUUUAUCAUCGUUAUUAUUUUGCUUUGAUCUAAAAAACUAGUAUUCCCUCGGUCUCAUGAGCAAAAAAACUCAUUUGCAUACUAAAACAAAAAUUAAAAACAUAGGACUUAUGGCAACCGUAACAACAAAGUCUAAAAAAAAGAGUACAUCAUUGUUUUGCAGGUACUUAUUCAGGAGACUGGAGAGAGACGUAUUGCGGCACUGGGUGCUGUGCAUGAGUCGUACGACUGUCACAAAAUGCCUGGCUGGGAAAGUGGAACAGUCGGUUACCACGUAGACGAUGGUAAAAUAUUUGAAACCGGCUUCCAUGAGCUGGGAAGAGAAGUCGAAGGUAUGGGUUACUCUGACGAUAGGUGUACGAUAUCUGCCACAAGGAUCUGUUGGCGCUUGGAAACAUAAUCAAAGUCUUACCGUCCUUCUGAGGGCGACCUUACGACAGUAGGUUUCUGUUUUCCAAAAGAAAAAAAUUCAGAAAUUUUCGUUUGUAAACGUUGUAGGGAUCACUUUAAAAUCGUUAUAGACUCCUCGAGAUGAUUAUUCUGACGUGCAUGAGAUAAAUGGGAAAUGUAUUGUAGCUGUAUGACCAAGAUAGAAUGUUGAACGUAGUUGCUGUAAAAUCCAUGUGCCUAGAGCGUGAAACUGAAAAAACCCUGAAUCCUUCGAUCGUGGGGGGUUCCAACCCUCACCUUCUGCUUGCCGAUCAAAUGGUCUACAGAGAACUCAUUUAAGGCCAAAGAAAAACGAGAUUCAUAUCAACAAAUGCUUGACGCUGCUAGGAUCAUUUAUAUCGUCAACACUUCUUGUAUAAAUACAGUGAGGGAGAUUAAACUUUGUCUUCGAAUGAACGAGGAGGUCGGUCAUUGAUCAAGACCGAACAAAAAGGAAAAAAGUCCAAUUUCACAUCCUAGUGUUACACGGUUGGUUGCCUCAUGUACUUAAUGUUUUCUGUUGAUAACUUAGGAGCUAUGGCUUACCGCGGUGAUCUCAUCGCAUGUGAAGUUGAUUUUAGUGGAGUCCUCGAGGGCAAAGUCUCUGUGUUGUUCUCCUUGAACGGUAGAGAAGUAGUGCGUUCUUCAGUGGGGUAUGCAGAGGGAAAUAAACUAUUUCCUUUCGUUUCAUUGGGAUCUGAAGGCAUUACAGUGCUCACCAAGGUAUGUUCGAAAGAAGGAGGGGGGAGCGGGGAGCGGGGAGCGGGGAGCGGGGAGGGGGAGGGGGGAGCAGGGAGGGGGAGGGAGAGGGUAAUGAGCUAGAAAUUGAAUCUAUAAAUGGUUUGGUUUCAUGCUAACAUAUCACGCCUCGGCACACUCCUCCUGUUACAGUCGAGGGAUUGGUCAUGAGACCAAAUUAUAAGCAUGUGGCGAGGAAGAACUUUGUCGUACCCAGUGUUGAAAAGACCACUAAAAUUUUGUUCAAGUUUGAGUAAUUUAAAUGUUUGCGAACAUUUACAAACUAUCCAACCUUUUUACCAAAAGGCUGUGCCCUGAAUGCUCUGAAUGAUCUCUGCAGCAUAUCUGUAUUCCACAAUGUGAAAAUUAGAGCCUAUAGUUGACAACUUUUGAUCAUCGCUGUCCUAAAAUUUCUUCUUUUUUAUUUUUUAAUUGGAGACGUUUGACUUUUGCACGUUUUAGAUGUGCCAUCCCGACAGAGACCAGUUUAGUAGAGUGACAAAUGAAGACCUUCAGAAGGAAAUUGGAGAUCUGCGACGUGAUUUUCAGGAUCAACUAGACAAGCAAAGGAGGAUGUUAAUGUCAGAAAUGAGAGAUUUAGUACUGCGUUUGAAGGAAGUAAAGGAUAAAGAAGAACAUGAAGAAGAUACUAAGAGGCUGGACGGAGGAAAACAAAGAAGAUUUUCAUCUCCUCAGUAGUUGUUCGAGAACAUUUUUUCAGCUUGGGUGCAAUCUAAAUUUGUGUGAAUCCCUGUACCUUUCUUAAACUUCCUCUAGUCUCGAAUGAAGAUAGCAGCAGAAGAAAUUUUUUUUUAUCUAAUACUAGACUAAUAUUUUUAUCGAAUGUAAGCGCGAGGCGGGCACGAAUGGCGAGUCACACGCAAGGAGAGAAAUAUACAUCUGAGCAACUGAUACAUAUGUGAUCCCGGUGAAUAAAAUGAUCCUCAAGUAUGCACUGCAAUGAACCCGGGAAAUUUCGAAUUGAUCGGCGCAUAACAUCAUAUAGGGGGUAUUUACGUAGACUAUAGUUGGUGAGGUCCGUUAUACCAGUCGAAGAAAAAAUCAGCCGCAGAACUCUGGGAGUUAGGUGCAGCGCGCUGACAUCUUAAUUAUUAUUUUUUUUCUCAUUGUUUUCUAUUUUAUCCCCGUAACAGACUUCGGUGUAUCUGUCAUAGUCUGUGUGUCAAUUAGAAAAAAAAAGGAAAAAGGAAGAGCGCAUGUACACUUUUGAAUAAAUUGUAUUGAUGCUGUAAGGAGAAAUUAUCUCUUGGUCAUCCAUGGGAAUUAAAGGUUCCAUAUUGGUUUCCUCUCUUACCUGAUAUUUCUUGGAAUAAAUGGGCUUAAAUAGGUUUUUUUUUCGUGGAGAAGUGUUGGUCUUCAUAAUUUGCAAUAGUAAACCUUGUAAAAUAUGUCAAUCAAUCUUUUCUUUUUGUCUAGGUUUAGCCUUAAUGAAUGGUUUAGUAAAAAAUUGUAUUACAUAGUAACUCUGAUGGCGUACAAACUCCCAAGAAAAUAAAAGUCUUGACUGACCAGGAUAUUUUUGAAGAAAGAGUUGUUUGAAGAGUAUGAUUGACAACUCAUUUUCGCAGGUGGAACUAAAGAUGCUGGUAAAUUAGGAAUAAGUUGUUAAACAACAGGGGAAUGCAAACCCACGCAAUUUUAUUGAAAAGACUUUCAAUAAUGUCACGUGAACGUUAUAUAAAGCAACAAUAAUCACUAGUGAGUUUCAAAUUUCUAAAAAACAUAAAUCAUGUUGUAAGCAAUUAUAAAUAUCUAAUUUGAAGAGAUACUCUUUCGCUAAGUCUGACUCAGCAACAUUUAAUUAGCUUUUAUGAAUAUUUUAAUAUGGAAGGUAGCCAG